UAAAAGCACAGUUAAACUAGUUAAAGUAAACGGCAAAUUGAGCAAUAAAAUAAAAAAUAACAAACAAAAUUUCCAAAAGCAACAAAUUUACCGUAAUUCACUUAUUUCCUAUUAACUUACUAUUGCCUAAUCAGUAAUCAGUAAUCACACUAAUCGUCUAUCGUCUAUAUCAAUUUUCAAGACAGCUCAUGAUAAUUUUCUAGUGGAGUACUGGAAUACUAAACUAUAUAGUAGUACAUUCAUCUGAGGGUAAACACUUAACGCAUCAUUUAUUGACUACUUAUACAAUACAAUGCGAUAUUAGUCGUGAUGGACUCUUGUUGCGUGUCGAAUGAAUUGCAGACAUUAGACCCUUGGCCACAGCUAACAACAGACACGGUAGAUUUUCAAUUCGAAAACAAUUUUACCACCAACCAGCGCUCAUUCCAACCAUUGCCCGACAAAGAAGAAUACUUACAGCGUUUAGAGCAAAAACUGAAAAGACUGAAGAACAGUUCACAGUCUGAUAAUACAAAACGUCGUCAAAUUGUUGAUCAACUGUGUGAAGCUCGCAAAUCGUGUUUAGAACAUUUGGUAGAUUCAGAUAAUAUAGUGUUUGAAAACGAGCAGCCCAUCACUCAACCAUCAGGUCUUUCUGCUUGGAUCAAUCCAGAACAGCCUUUAUCCACAACUGAAACUCAACGAUUAAUCGAACAAGAUACUCAAGAUGAAUGAAUUUUGGAGUCGUCGUACUUGCGUUAUUUUGACUGGUGCUAGUAAAGGCAUAGGACAGUGUUUGGCUGUAGAAAUUGGUAAACUUCUGGUUCCAGAGUCUACCAUUGUUCUUAUGGCAAGAGAUACAAAUGGUCUAGAAAAAACCAAAGAAAUGGUGAACAAAGAAAACAGUGACAUUUUGGUAGAGUAUUAUAGUGUGGAUUUCUAUAACUCCAAUGCAACAAUGUUUGAAAAAAUCGUAGAACCUAUUGAUUCAACAAAGUAUGAAUUAUUUUUAUUGAUUCAUAAUGCUGGGUCAGUUGGUAAUCUAGAUCAUCUUGCUGCCGAUAUGAAUGAUCCUGACGAAUGGAACAAAUAUAUGUUAUUGAAUUUAUAUUCAGUAACUUGUUUAACGAGUGUAUUUUUAUCUAAGUUCAAUUCAGAUACAGCUGAAAGAUGUAUUGUCAAUAUAACUUCAUUACUAGGUAUUGAACCAUUUAAAUCGGUUGGAUAUUAUUGUGUUGGAAAAGCUAGUAGAGAAAUGUUCUUCCGCGUAUUGGCUUUAGAAAACCCUACAUUGAACAUUCUUAGCUAUUCUCCUGGUAAAAAUUUGUUAGAUUAUUUAUUUUUAGUUCUUAUUAAAUUAAAUUGUUUGUAUUUUAUUUUAGGUCCUGUGUUGACUGAUAUGUAUACAAAUAUUAGUUUGAAUUCAAAAGAUGAAGUAGUUCGUGAACAAUUUACAAGUGGACAGCAAAAGCAAUAUAUUGUAAAAGUAGAAGACACUUGUCAAAAAUUAGUGAACAUAUUAGCUAUGAGAAGUUAUAAAACUGGCGGUAGAGUUGAUUAUUAUGAUAAAUAGUUUUAUUCUGUAUAAAACUGUUUAUUUACAUAAUAUAUAUUAUUGUUUUUAAGUUAUUUUUUUAUAAUAUGUAUCAUUUAUUAAUAUUGAUUUAUGUUUUUAUGACAGGAAUAAAGAAUUCCUCCUUUAGCUUUAUAUAAUAAUUAUUUAUGUAGGUUUUACUAAGUUUAUAUUAUUAUACACAGAAUACCGCAUAUUAUUAAAUAUUUUUAGUUGAAUUUUCUAAUAUUGUUAAAAUAAAAGCAUAAUAUGAACAUCUUUUUA